AUGAAAUACACUGAGCAAAAUUCCGACUGUCCAUUUUGUGCCACCCAGUUCAGCCAUCGAUCGUCGCUUACCCGUCACCUGAAGAACAACUGUAAUAAAUCUCAAUCGCAGUCUCUGAGACGCAAGUCCUGCCAUCAGUGUGUUGCAAAUAAAACGAAAUGCAACCUGAAACGUCCUAGUUGCUCUCGGUGUUCCGUGAGAAGCAUACCUUGUCAAUAUACCAACACAGAUGCAACCGAGAGUCCGGAAGUCGAGAACAACGAGUACAGAAUUAACCAUGAUGCCACAACUGUUUCUUUACCAGAUACAUCGCUGAUGACCCAGCCACAAGAGUUACAAUCAGUCUUCGAUCCUAAUUUAUUUGAUUCCUUUUUCACGGGUCUAAGUCCUUGGGAUCUGACACAGCCCACGAGUCUUACCUCACGUUCUCCACGGGCAGCUACCCCGGAGUUCUUCUCUUUGAAUAACAGCAGUGCAUGCGACGCACCCGAGCUAAUCCAAGGAACCCCUCCUCCAAAUCCUCUGUCGGGUUCUCCGGCGGACACAAAUUCAAUAGCCCUAGCCAAUCAUAGCAUGGAGCUGAUCUUCCGAAUUCUUCGGACUUGGCCAAAAAUGCUCGCUGAGGAGUUUCAGCUUCCUCCUUUAUUCCACUCUACUCAUAUUGCGCCAAAUAAGACACUACCGUCGCCACUAGCGAACUGCAUAACCUUGACGAAAAUGUGGCAUGGGCAAUGCGAAGGCGCAGAAGACAUGGUGCGAACAGCAAUUUUAAAAGAACUAGACAGUGUCGUAGAUAAGUUCAGGAAUCUCGACGAGACAACCCUGUUGGCAGCCCUACAAGCAGUGGUCAUAUACACGAUCAUUCUGAUCUCCCCCUCAGCAAGGUCACCGCGCCCUCUGAUUGACCGUAGCAUCAUAUUGCGCAAAGUGGAACUCUUGGUUUGUCAUGUUGUCCACGGAGGCAUAUUCCUCCAGGAAGAAAGAACACAAAUGAGACCAUCCUGGAAAGCCUGGGUACAAGUAACAUCGAAGCGCCGUGCGAUCCUUGCUCUGUAUCUCCUUCACUGGGCAUAUUCUGUGUUGCAUAAGGUGCCAUGUUUUGACUGCAGAGACCUCGGCUUCAUGCCUGCGCCAGCAGCAAAGGUGCUUUGGCAGGCGCAGACAGAACAAGAAUGGAACACUAGUUAUAUCCAUUGGAUGUCGCGGUGGAGUGGUCGAGGAUAUCUGCAAGGUGAAUUUGGUAAAAUCAGACCAGGCGUUGUCAUGGAUUCGCGGGCAGAAAGGUGGUUGGAAGAAGCUGAUGAAUUUGGGUUCAUCAUGAUAUCGAUUGUCAACGCUACUGAGUUUGAUGUCCCGGCGCUGAAGACAUUAGCUUGUUGA